AUGGGCAAGCCUCACUCCACCGAAGCGGAUAUCCCGUAUCUAGUAUCUCUCUUGUCCCGAGGAAGCUCCAGCGACAAGAAAAAAGCUGCCGUCGCGUUGGCAAAACUCGACGUGGACCGAGUCACUGCUAUAGCUGCAUCUUCGGGCCUCAUCCCUCCGUUGGUGGAGUUGGUACGUCAUGGACCCAAAGCCCAAAAGACGAAGGCUGCGUUGGCACUAUCGAAACUUUCGACAAAUAAUGAAAAUCGAUCGGUGAUUGUGGAAGUUGGGGGUGUACCAGCUCUAGCGGAUUUGGUCCGUCGUGGCAAUGCAGCUCAAAAGGAACACGCUGUCGCGACAGUAUUCAACUUGUGCAUGAACGCCAACUACCGAGGGAUCGUGGCUGCUGCUGGUGUCAUUCCACCAACUGUGGCGUUGGUUCGAGAUGGAAACUCGGUUGGGAAGGAGAAGGCGGCGGGGGUCUUGGCAUUGCUGGCAACCAAUUCAGACAACCAAAUGGCCAUCAUAGCAGCAAAAGGUAUCCAUCCGCUGGUGCUGUUGGUUCAGUGUGGUGAUGUUUCCGAGAAAGUGAAUGGCAUAACCGCAUUGUGGACUUUGUCAGCCAAUGAUGCGUGCAAAGCGGCUAUCGUAGCCGCUGGGGGGAUUUCUCCGCUGGUGAAGUCGAUGAGCGACGUCGGGGAGUACCAGAAAGAGGUGGCUGCUGGACUGCUGUGGAAUCUCUCGAUGCGUACUGGUAAAAUUAAAGGUGUAAUUGUUGCUGCGGGGGCGGUUGCAGCCAUGUACUGUGGUAGUGACUCGAUGAAGCAAGAUGCCUCCAGGGUGCUGGCGAAUUUGUCGUCAAGCCGCGAUAACUCCGCAAUCGUUGGUGCUGGCGGCAUUCCUCCACUCGUGGCUUUGCUCUGGGAUGGACAUUCAACGGAGAAAUUGAAUGCCACGAUAGCGUUGACGAAUUUGUCGAUGAAUCCUGCAAGCAGAGCAGUGAUCGCAGCUGCUGGGGGCAUUCGAGCUUUAGUGAUGCUGGUGCGUGAUGGUAGCGACGGUCUGAAGGAGAGAGCCGCAGUGGUGUUGUCCAAUUUGGCAUUGAACCAAGAGAACAAGAUGGCGAUUGCUGCCGCCGGAGGCAUUCACGCACUACUGGAGUUUUUGCAGAACGGAACCAAGACGCAGAGAAGGAAUGCCGCGCAGGUCUUGUCGAACAUAUCGCUCAAUGAUCGGAACACUGUUGAUUUGCCACCAGAAAUCACUGAUAGUUCUCUGUUGAAAAUGGAAGAAGGCGCCUUGGACUCAACUGUUGAAUAG